GCGGGGCAGGUGGGGCCGCCGGGCGGGGCAGGGCGGCCGCGCCCGCCGCUAGGACCCCCGCCGGCGGCGGCCACGCGCUGGGGACUCUUGCCCUUCCCGCCGGGGGUCUGGGGCCUCCGGGCGGGGCCCCAUGGAGGACCUUAGCCAGGACAGCUGCGGAGGGGAGGACGCGGCGCCGGGCGCCAAGGGGUGGCCCGCACCCCAGGCGAGGGUGCACUUCCGUGUGACAAGGUUCAUCAUGGAGGCAGGUGUCAAGCUAGGGAUGCAGUCCAUUCCCAUCGCCACCGCCUGUACCAUUUACCAUAAGUUCUUCUGCGAGAUCAACGUGGACGCCUAUGACCCCUACUUGGUCGCCAUGUCUUCCCUUUACUUGGCUGGCAAAGUGGAAGAACAGCCCCUGCGAACACGUGACAUCAUCAACGUGUCCAACAGGUACUUCCACCCGGGCAGCGAGCCCUUGGAGCUGGACUCCCGAUUCUGGGUGAUCCGGGACAGCAUCGUGCAGUGCGAGCUCCUUGUGCUGCGGGUACUGCGCUUCCAAGUCUCCUUUCAGCACCCACACAAGUACCUGCUCCACUACCUGAUUUCUCUCAAGAACUGGCUGAAUCGUUACAGCUGGCAACGGACCCCCAUCUCCGUCACUGCCUGGGCCCUGCUGCGGGACAGCUACCACGGGGGGCUGUGCCUCCGGUUCCGGGCGCAGCACAUAGCGGUGGCGGCGCUCCACCUGGCCCUGCAGGUCUAUGGGGUCGAGGUGCCCGCCGAGGCCGAGGCCGAGAAGCCAUGGUGGCAGGUGUUUAGUGAAGACCUUACCAAGCCAAUCAUUGAUAACAUUGUGUCUGAUCUCAUUCAGAUUUAUACCAUGGACACAGAGAUCCCCUAAGGCCCUGGUCCAGGCCAGCCCAAAGAGAAGCCUGGGACGCCCGGCGGCCAGGGGGCGGCGCCACCACAUCGCCGUGACCGCCGGUCCCCAGAGGACUGGCUGGGAGGACUGGUUUUGUGCUGCUGGAGACGGGCCGGUGAAGGCGAUGACAUGCUGCCACUUUGAUUCUCAGGCUUUGACUGUCCCCGGCAGCCAUGGUCCAGAUGGUGGACGGGAGCAGCACCUCCCGCGGGCAGGAGCGUGCUGUGGGCGGCUCUGAGGCGUCCGGGUCUGCUUUUGUCCUUUGGAAGGACGUAGACUGCAGUCGAGGUUUUGGGAUCAGUGGAAGGAAAAUCAAAGAACGGAUGGGACUGUGUACCCCAGGGGAUUUUUUUUUAAAGGCCAGAUUUAUAGAAAGUAUAAAUGAAUUAACAUAGAGGAAAUUUUAUUUUGUUUAAUAAAAGAUAUGACAAAC